GGUGGGUCCCACGUAAAAUGACAAACAUCCUCAGUUUUCACACAGAGACGGCGGGGCGGCGGCCAACUCCCAGGAGCUCCCGGUGGUCCACGACGGCACGACGGCGACGGCGACGGCCACUGGUGCUCCACGAUGGCGAAGGAAAUGGGUGGAAUUGGAGAGGAAGGGGGAAGAGUGAAUUUGGAGUAGUUAUACCCAAAGCAGUUCAUUUCCCAAAAGAAUUUUGGGGGUUCAAUUAAACUGAACCCUCAUGCUCCCUGCAUCCAUGGUUCUUCCUCAGCAACCCGCAGGGUACCUGGAGACCCCUGCCACCGAAAGCUUCAUACAGAAGCUUCAGCUCAGCGUCUCCAAGGGCCUUCCUCACUCGGCGCCGGCGCCGGCCUCGAGGACGGACGAGCAUGAGCUGGUUAAAAGUGUCUUCCAAGUGCUUCAGGGUUUCAACACACCCUUGCUCUACUGGGACAAGAAUGUGCCGGCGUACUGCGAGAAACCCGGGACAUAUGUGUCGCAUCUGUCCCGGGCGAGCCUCGGCUCCGUGCUGAAGCCCUUUCUGUUCGCCGCGACAUGCUUGAAGCGAGUGGAGCUCUUUGUUGGGAAGGUUAGGUCGUGCGGUCACGGGACUCCGACAUUGAGUGUGUUUGCUAGUGCAGUCGAUUCAUGGCUUAUGAGGCUCUGGGAAGCAACUCUGAAGGAGGAAGAGAAGUCGUUUGUUUCAGUUGAUCGGACUGUGACUCUUCUGGCUUUAACUGAUUCUAUGUCAAGUUUAUGUUCGGGAGCAGAACAUCUGUACCAAGUUGUGCAUGGAGCUGUGCCAGACAGUUUUUGGGGUUCUGGAGCAAACAUUGCAUCUAGUGAAGUGGCAGUCCAUGUUGUGAACCAUAUUUUUAAAAAGUUAAAUGAAGUCUGUCUUGUGGAAGAUGGCGAGGGUGAGCCAUAUCAUAUGCUGUUAGUGAUAUUUGCUGGAACCUUGUUACCUUAUCUUCAGUGCCUUGAUUCCUGGCUUUAUGAUGGUAUUCUUGAUGACCCUUAUGAAGAGAUGUUCUUUUAUGCAAAUAAUGCAGUUACGAUAGAUCAACCGGCCUUCUGGGAAAUGAGCUAUAUGCUCAGAGUAAGAGGAUCACGAUCUGACAAUUCAUCAACUCUAACUGAUAGUGAGUCUAUCAGGACAAAGGAAUCAAGCAAACAGGAACCAAGUAAUGCAGGAGCUUGCUUGAAAACCAGUAAUCAAGGUUACGUGGAUAUACUAUGCCCGGUGUUCUUGAAGGAUAUCUCAAGGGCCAUUGUAUCUGCUGGAAAAUCAUUUCAGCUUGUUCAGCAUGCUCAAAGCACACACCAUAAUCGAACUAAUGAUGGCACAAAUGGUUUUGACGUUGAUCAAUGUUUCAAUCACAGUAGUCGACAGAAUUGGCCAGGCGUAUUAAGCUCUGAUAUCCAAAAUGUGCAUUUAAGAUGUGAAGAUGCUCUUACAAAAUCUGCAGGUCAGUUUGGACAUGAUGCUCGCGAAAUGGGCCUCUUAACUUUGUCUGAGAUUUUCUUGAUAUGCCUAUCUGGUCUGUUAGAGAAUGGUGACCAUGUUUCUGAAUACUUAAGAAGGCUGCGUGCUGGUGGUGCUCCAGAUAUCCAAGCUUUUUUGGAAUAUAAGAGGGAUGCACAAGGAAUGGAGGAGGCAUGUGCAGAAAAUUGCUCCGAGAAGACUUGGUUAAAGCUCCUAAGAGAUGCUAUCUCAGGAACAAAAUAUGAUGGUAUGGAGAAAAACUUGUCCGAAGAUGCUGUUACGAGGGAUCCAAUAUUUGUUCAUGGAUACCUGCAAGAUGUAUCUUCCAAUGCAGUAGAAACGCCUUUCAGUCCAUGUUGCUAUGAAAACCCAGCUAUCACUGCUUGCGGAGAUGUACUGCGGAGGAAUCCAAAUUCUUGGAGUGAUUUGAAUAUCUCUACACGUUUUGCCCUUCCUCCAUUGAAUGAUGAUAACAUGCGGAGAACUAUAUUUGGUGACCGCCAAUCUGCUGGAACUAGCACCUGUGGCGAUACACAACCUACACCAUCUUUUCCCAGACUAGAUGGUACUGAUUUUAAAUUUGGUUUUCUUGAUGAUUUGGAAUAUGUUCGCCAAGAGGAUGAUAGAAGGACCCUCGAGGAACUUUAUGCAUUUCCGACUCUUCUUCCUUGUGCAAAUGAAAAUGCCCCAUUGUCGGGGAUUUUACCUUUGCAGAAAGAUAGUACACUUGCAUCAAGAGUUCUGAAGUUUAUUCAGAGCAUGAGUUUGAAAGACCCUCUUCAUCCAGUGGGUAUUAUCCAAGAAUGCCUUUCUAAAUGUAUAAAGAAACAGGUGGAUCACACUGGCAAGCAAAUCCUGUGCAAGCUAAUGGGUGAAUGGAGAUUAAUGGAUGAACUACUUGUAUUACGAAGUAUCUAUUUGCUAGGAUCAGGUGACAUGCUGCAGCAGUUUCUGAUAACAAUUUUUUAUAAGCUCGAUAAAGGAAAUUCCUGGGAUGAUGAUUUUGAGCUGAAUACUUUGUUGCAGGAAUCCAUAAGAUAUUCAGCUGAUAAAGUGCUCCUAACUGCUCCAGAUUCAUUGGUUGUUUCAUUAGCAAAGCAUGACACACGAUAUGAUGAGGAAAGUGCACCAACUUCCAGAAAAGGUCGUGCACAGGGUUUUGGCAUCGAUGCACUUGAUGCGCUUAACUUCACGUAUAAGGUGUCUUGGCCUCUUGAUCUAAUUGCCAAUACGGAGGCUCUGAAGAAGUAUAAUAAGGUCAUGGGAUUCUUACUGAAAGUCAAGCGUGCAAAGUUUGUUUUGGACGAAACCCGAAAGUGGAUGUGGAAGGGCAGAGGCAGCACAGCACAUAAUUUUAAACAACACUUGAUAGUAGGGCAGAAGCUCCUGCAUUUUGUCGAUGCAUUUCAUCAGUAUGUCAUGGAUCGAGUGUAUCAUAGUGCCUGGACUAAGUUUUGUGAUGGCAUGGCAUCCGCUACUACAUUGGACGAAGUCAUGGAAGUUCAUGAGGCAUAUCUUUCUUCUAUUCAGAGACAAUGCUUUGUGGCCUCGGAUAAGUUGUGGGCUCUGAUCGCCAGUCGAGUCAAGACCAUACUAGGAUUGGCGCUAGACUUCCACAAUGUGGAGCAAACUCUUGGCACCGGAGGGACUGCCGCAUCUGUUAGGGCAAGAUGCGAGAUGGAGUUGGAUGGGAUCGAGAAGCAAUUCGACGAGUGCGUCGUGUUCCUCUUGAGGAUCCUAUCUUUCAAGCUCAACGUGGGCCACUUUCCCCAUCUCGCGGAUUUGGUCACGAGGAUCAACUACAACCACUAUUACAUGUCUGACACCGGAAGCUUCACUGCGAUCCCUGGGCCCCGCACUCGGCAGUAGCAGCCUUGAUAGGAUUGUAGGUGCUUUUCAUCUCCAUUUGUGGGGGAGUGUACAUAAACCUGAGGUGGCCAGGCCCCAGGUAGCACGGAGCAGUUCUUGAAUUCCUUAAGUUCUACACAAUUCUGAGGAUGCAACUUCCUUUUUUCCCAAGUUGCAAUCUAUGUGUGAAUCUGUUGAAUAGAUCUGAUGAUGAACACCAUCACAUGAAGCCAGCGGGUGAGCCUUUGGAUUUGAAUUUUUAAUCCUCUGGCCCUUUUUCCUUCUGAUUGUUUCAUUCAUGGUAAACCAAUGGAUCUUCCGCAAAAAAAGAAGAAGUAAGCCAAUGGAUUUUUGGAUGGGGAAACUAUAAAUCACCGGUAUCAAUCCUGCACAAGGCUACACAAGGAUGAUUUAAAUUAUUAUUAUUUUUUGAGUUGGAAGGAUGAUAUAAAUUAGCACUAGUCGUUUGUGUUUCCUUAAGCUUAUUGAGUCAAGUUGUGCCUCUUCUGGCCAAGAUAAACGACAUCUUCCGGAGUUGCAUCAACACGUAUUUUCAUCUUCAAUGACAUGUACCGUGCAUUCCCCUGUUUAUUUAUUUUUCCAUGUUUAUAAUUCUAUGUAAAAAAUAAUAUAUUGCUGUAAAAUUAUAACCAAUUAUUUCAAUAUCAAAUGUAUACAACUGUGCUGCCAUGCGGCUCCAAAAGGUUUGUUUUCAUCUUCGAGACAGUGAGUCAUGUAAGGCCUAGUUGGCUUGUACAUCAACUUUUCAUUAAAAAGAGCAAAGUCAGAGAAUAGUCUCCACGACCCAAACUUGAAAGAUUUCCUUUUGUUAUAGUCAAAUAUAGUUGGAGAAAAUUCCUGGGUAACAAAAAGGUGAUAUCUGCAUGCUGCUUCAUACAAAAGUUAUACAUCCAGAAAUGUUCCCCUAUGUUGCAACCUUGAUAUCUUUUUUCUUCUUCUAGAAUAUCUCGUCCACCAAGUUACAAAUUUGGCCUUAGGCUGAAUACAAGGCAACUACUCCUCACCUAAACAACUUAUGAAAGAAUAAAG